AUGUGCAAUCACCAAUCGACGUCAUAUUUAGGAAAACAAAAACAACUGCAGAACAGAAGAUAAACAAUUUAAGAAUUUCCACGUAUAUUGCCGUUUUAUCAACGGAUUGUUGUGAAACAUUAUGCAGACAUUUCUGCCACCCUACUAUCGUAGAUAGAUGUACAACAAUAGUUAAAGUUGAGGCUUACAGUCCCAGAAGAUCCUUUUGCUGAUAGCAGCUUCCAUCAAGAAAUAAAGAUGGCUCAACAAAGAGGAGUGAACAGUCUUCAAUUCAAUCAAGAUCAGAGUUGUUUCUGUUGCGCAAUGGAGACUGGUGUUCGGAUUUACAAUGUGGAGCCCCUUAUGGAAAAAGGACACCUUGAUCAUGAACAGGUAGGAAGUGUGGCUCUUUGCUCCAUGCUUCAUCGUUCCAACCUGCUGGCUGUUGUUGGAGGAGGCGUCAACCCUAAAUUCUCAGAGAUCUCAGUGUUGGUCUGGGAUGAUGCACGGGAGUCAAGAGAUGCAAAGGAUAAGUUGGUUUUGGAAUUCACUUUCACAAAGCCUGUGUUAGCUGUCCGCAUGAGACAUGACAAGAUCAUCAUUGUUUUGAAAAACAAAAUCUAUGUGUACAGUUUCCCUGACAACCCUGUAAAGUUGUUUGAAUUUGACACCAGAGACAACCCAAAAGGUUUGUGCGACCUUUGCCCCAGCCUUGAGAAGCAGUUGCUGGUUUUCCCUGGACACAAAUGUGGAAGUUUACAGCUAGUGGACCUCUCCAAUACAAAACCAGGAACAUCCUCAGCACCUUUCACCAUCAAUGCCCACCAGAGUGAGAUUGCCUGCUUGGCUCUCAAUCAGACUGGCAGCGUGGCUGCUUCCGCCUCCCGUAAGGGGACACUGAUCCGCCUCUUUGACACCACCACCCGAGACAAGCUCGUGGAGCUCCGAAGAGGGACCGACCCUGCCACUCUCUACUGCAUCAACUUCAGUCAUGAUUCCUCAUUCCUCUGUGCGUCCAGUGACAAGGGAACUGUGCACAUUUUUGCCCUUAAAGAUACAAAACUCAACCGCCGGUCUGCGCUGGCCCGUGUGGGUAAGGUUGGCCCUGUGAUUGGUCAGUAUGUUGACAGCCAGUGGUCUCUAGCCAGCUUCACUGUGCCAGCAGAAUGCGCCUGCAUCUGUGCUUUUGGGAAGAACACGUCCAAGAAUGUGAACUCUGUCAUUGCUAUAUGUGUCGAUGGGACAUUCCACAAGUAUGUCUUCACCCCCGACGGAAACUGUAAUCGGGAAGCUUUUGAUGUUUACCUGGACAUCUGUGAUGAUGAUGAUUUCUGAAGUUUAUUGUAAAUGACAAUGACGGCUUCAAGAACAGUUUUAUCAGUGCAAGCAAACCUUAUAUUUCAAAGCUGCAAACUGAACCGAUGUCUGGAUAAAGGAAAGGUUUUGUAUGUGUUUUGUGUUGAAAUAUGUUGUAAUCAUAUGUAUAUAGCCACAAACUGGAUAACAAAUAAAAGUGCUUAAAUCCA